AUGCCAUCACCAGAAUUUACCGCGACCUCUGAAACAGAAGAAGAUUAUGAAAAUAAAAAUUUAAAUAAUUCUGAUAAGAAUCUCGACAACACAUCAUCCUCUUUGGAAGAUUUUGAUCGACGUGACCGCCAAGAUAAUAAUAAAAAUAAUAAUUCCGAUAAUACAGAUGGGAGUAUUGAUAGUACAGCGUCAUCUCCAGAGGCUUCUGAUCAACGUGACCACCGUGAAACUGACUCUGAAAAGAAAAAAGAUAAAAACAGAAAACAAUUAACUACUAAAAAAUCAAACUUACCUGCUACGUUGCCAUCACCACAACUUCCCCUCACCCCUGCAACAGAAGAUAUUAAUGAAAAUAAUAACGAUGGAAAUCUUGACAGUACAGCAUCAUCUUCAGAGGCUUUUGAUCAAAGUGACUGCCGUGAAACUGACCUCGAAAAGAAAGAAGAAAUUGAAACAAUUAGAGCGAAAAAAUUAACAAAAAAUAAACAAAAUUUAUCUGCUCCGAUUGACGUAUCAAAAAUCACCGGGACCAGUGGAAAAAAAGACGAGUUUGAUAACAAAGAAAUGUUUACAACUUGGAAUUUAAAACCUUCGGGGGUAAUAGAACUAUCCGAAACGCUAAAGCCUAAAAUACCUCUGGUAGCGAAUCAAGGACGUCCCAAGAAAAGGACCCGUGCGAUUAAAUGUAAUGAUACUUACACGAGCAGCCCGUGA